ACUUGCAGGUACUUCUUGGUACUUUCUGAGCUGAACGAGUAGAGUUUCAUAUAUUUUGUUAAGUUUAAUUGAAAAAUCAAGUAAAAUUAAUUUUUCUCUUUAAAAUACAAAUUAUCAAAAGACAAAGUUGACCUCCAAUCAAAAACCAGGAAAAAUCUAAACUAAGUACUUAGGCAUUGCCCAUCACUUUAUAUUCGUUGAAAUGUGUCGCAAUUUGAAUUUUUAAAUGCCGCAAUUCGUCGGCACGGUGUUCUGUCGCUGUGGUGUGAAAAUGGUCGUAAACAAUCUCAGCGAGCCCUAGACGCCUUCUUUUAUUAUCUUUGGGAUGCUGUUAAAGUAUUGCUGGAUUUAUUUUAUUUCUAGUAUGUCAUUGUCUUGUUGAAAACUGAAGGCUUGCACAAGUCACAGCCCACAGGUUGAGAGACCAUGGCUACAAGGGGAGUAUCAUUUGAGGUGCGGCGGACACCUCCGGACCGGCGCGCGCCGCGCAGCCCGGAGCAGGUGCCGGUCCUCCAGCUGCGCCGGUUCGCGCCCACACCCAAGGUGUCGUUUGGCACAGUGAGGGUGGGCGCCACCCGCACCAUCGGCCUCAUCGUGCAGAACCCGGCAGACACCGAACUGGAGCUGUUCGUGGACAAGGUGCCGGACGGUUUCGCGGUGGAGGUGCCGUCGCUAGUGGUACCGGCACUAAUGGACGCCGUGCUGGCCGUCCACUGGACGCCCGAGCAGGAGGGUAACGUGCGCGGCGUGCUGGGCGUCAGCACCUCGACGGGCGUGCGCGCGCAGGCCAUCCUGCUGGGGACCGGCCGGCCGCUGCAGGCCGCCAAAAAGAAGAAGAGUGUCGCCUCGGCACCCGGCGCCCGCUUCCGGAAGCCGCAGCCGCUGCGCUCCUUGAACAGCUCCUCGGCUGGCCGUUCGGCGCCGGCGGCGGCCGCCAAGCCGCCUGCCAAGACCCGCGCCGGACCGCCCGCUGAGCGGGAGAACCGUCCCCCGCGCUCGGCCGGCCGGCCGCCGGCUCAGUCCGCCGGUCUGCUGUGCCCGCCGGCGGCCGGACCGCUCAACUCCACCCACCGGCUGGAGACCUCUGCCGACUGCUCCACGCUGCUGGACGUCCUCCGCACUCCUCCCGACUUUUCCGUCAGCCUCAUCCGCAGCGAGGAGGCGCCCGGCACGCCGGCCCGCCGCCGCGACGGGCGCGCUGCCCGACCGCCGGCCGCCGCCGGAGACGUCACGCCGCGCAGACAGACGUUCGAGGUGCCGGCCGGUGCGCCGAUGGGCUGCACGUUCCGCCUGGACCCGCCGCCGACACAGUCACCGGAGCGAGACGCCCUGCCGCCCUGCACGGUGCCGGAGUCGCCGCUCAGGCGUCAGACCUUCAUUCGCACCGAUGGUCCGACGCUGGGCGCGGCGCCGACCACCUUCUGUCUCCCGCUGGAGCCGCUGGAGGAGGGCGACCAAGACGCUCCGGCCGACCCGCGAGACGUGUUCGAGACGCCGCAGCUGUUUCGGCGCCGCCAGCCGGCUGCCGCGGAGAGGAGGGAGACUGCCGCAGCGGCGCCCGCCGACCAGGUCUCGCCCGAUGACUGGAUGCGCACACCAUCUCUGUUCGGGAAGACGGCCGCCGGCGAGGCGCGACAAGAGCGGACGAGACGACGCGAGCGGCGCUCUUGCCAGGAGGAGAGGAGCGACCGCGAGACGGUUGAGGUGACUGAGCGGACUGAGCGAAGUGGCCGGCAGAGUCGCCACAGCGUCGCCCGGAUAGACAUGGCUCAUUUGACGGAGCACUCGACUCGCGCUAGACCAUCGAUUCCAGCGGAGCCAGAAGCUUGGAUGAAGACACCGUCACUGUUCGGCAAAACUACAUCGCGAUCGGAAACGCGAACAGAGACUCGGGAGAGAAGAGAGACGCGAGAUGACAUCGCGUUAACUGGGACCGAGUCGCAGUCUGAGCGGUUUGAGACCCGUGGAGGUGUACGCUUCGAAGUGCGUGACGAUGACAGCCUCGAAACGCAUGGGGAGAGGCGUCACGAAUCUCGCGGGCAGCGGGUCGACGUGCGAGAGGAAGAACGUUUCGGAGUUCGUGAAACCGUGCGUAGCGAUGAGUACGAUGAAGUGUUUGAGGGUGUGUGCGUGGAAGAGCGAGAGGUUUAUGAAGAGCGAGUUCAGGUCCGUGAAGAGCGGUGCGAGACGGUUGAAUACGUGGAGGAAUGUCAGGAGUAUGUGGCCGUACAGAGUACCGAUGAUGGUGAACGCGUGAUACAGACGCCGCAGCUGUUCGCUGCCAGGCAAUCCCGCAGUGACCAACAGGUAGAGUCCAGCCCCUCGACCGUAGACGACCCAGACUCCGAACCGACGCACGAGAUCGCCGCCCUGCGUCAGGGAUUGAUGAGUAUGCCCACCCCUCAGCUGUUCGGCCGGUCCACCAGUGUGACGUCAUCAGCGGAGACGCGGGCCACCUCCCGGCGCGCGACCCGCUCCGAAACGCUGGCCAGCUCCACAUCCACAACUAGCAGUACUGGGGAUAUCGGCUCCCCGGCGACCGGAGCGCGGCGCUCAGCCGAGGAGCGCGCCACCUGUGUGCACGAGGAGGUGGUGGAGGAGGAGACCCUGAUCCGACACGUGUUCAGCCGCGAGGUGGUCGAGCCGGCGCCCGGCCAGUCGCCGCGCCUGCUGCGCAGUUCCCGCAGCUCGCGCACAGAGGAGACGCGCUGUUACGGCUCACCAGUGCGCGGCGGCCGGCCCGACCUGGCCGCGGUGCUGGGCUCGCCGCGACUGACACCGACCGCCGGCGCUGGCGGUCGGCGCUGCUCGACGCUGGUCAAAGAGCCGCGGGAGGAGCAGUCGCCCGCGGCGGGAGCCCAGCGCUCGGCCAUCGCCAAGGAGCUGUUCGGCAAGGGUGCAUCGGCCGGCGAGGCAGAGGCUGCCGCCGCGCUGCUGGGACCCCUUCACGUGGAUGUCGCUGCUGACGCGAUGUCAGACGUAUCCGGCAACCUGUCGUCGGAGACUUACGUCAAAUCGCCGGCGCCCUCGGGUCUGGCGGUGCCCUGCGUGUCGCCACCACCCCUGGUGAGCGCGUCUUGGUCGGCUGACGCUGGUGGAGCCCUGAGUCUGAUCAGGGAGGAGAGCGAAAACGUGACAUCCACGUCCACGCGCAACCUGACCUUCUCCCUGGAGGAGACGCGAGAGGAGGCGCCUGAGGUGCCGGAAGCCCGUGAGGUACCGGACACUCGUGAAGUGUCGGUCCCGGCCGGUGUUGAGGCGCCGACGCAGACCAGCGGGUCGGUGCACCAGGAGACCCAGAGCGCCGGAUCGGACGGCUCAUGGGCCACGGUCGACGGCUACUCGACGGCGGCCGGGGAGGUGACUGAGAGCCUGCAGCAGGUCUCUGCCCGGGAGCUGAAGCGGGAGCAGGCGACUGAGCCGCCGCAGCCGGCGGAGCGGUCGCAGGGUGACGGGCCGAGCGUGGAGCAGGUCCAGGAGCCGCGGGCGGCGGCCAAACCCCACCUGCAGCGGCCCACCGGUCUGCUGUUCUUCCCGCUGUCACCGGAGUCAGAGCCGCCGCCGCCGCCGCCGGGCCCGCGGCCGCCCGUGCAGCCGUCGGCGCGCGCCAUGGCCGUGGCGGCAGCACGCCGCUCGGUCAGCGCGCUGAGCCGCCGCGAGGCUGCCGGCCGCUCCCAGCAGGCGGCGCCGCCACCGCGCAGCGCAAAGCGCGCCGCCCGGACUCCGAGCAAGUCGCGCGCGCGCCGCCCCUCGCUGACAGUGACGCCCGGCAAGGCCAGGGUGGUGCGCACCAAGUCCUCGCCCACCGGAGCCGCCGCGUCUGUCGCCGCCGGCCGGUCGGCCCACUCGGGCCGGCGCUCGGUGCCGGCGCCCAUCCAACAGAAGAAGCUCGUACUGGUGUCCCGCGCCGCCAAACCGGUGACCACCCAGCCCAACCCCUUCGCGGCCAGUAACAUGUUCUACGACAAGGACUGGAUUGAGAAGCAGGAGCGGGGCUUCACGGCGUGGCUGAACUUUAUUCUGACGCCGAGCGAGUACAGCUCGAAGGCGGUGGAAACCAAGGUGGACGCCGCCAAGAUUCUGCUGGAGGUGCGCCGCAGCCGGGUGCCGCCGGCGCCCAGUCGCGAGACGCUCUCCCUGCGCGAGUACACGGCCCAGCGGCGGCUGAACCGACUCCGUCUGGACGCGUGCCGGCUGUACGAGCGGCCAGAGAUGACCCGCGUCAUCCGUAAUCUGGAGGUGGAGGUGGAGCGCGGCGGUCUGCGCGUGCGCCGCGACCGCGCCCUGCACGCUGACGUCGGUCUCAAACAGCUGGUGAUGCAGUGGCUGCUCAGCUACCAUCCGCUGUGGCUGCGGCUGGGCCUGGAGACCAUCUACGGAGAGAUUAUCCACCUGCAGGGCCCCGACGACCUGCCCACCCUGGCGCGAUUCAUCAACUCCAGGCUGCUGUGGUGUCCGGACCUGGCGGCGAAGCACUGCCACCCGUCCGUGCCCCACCUGUACGGACCCAACUUCGAGGCGGAGCUGAAGCAGUUCACGCUGAAGAAGUUCCUGCUGCUGGUGCUGCUGCUGGACACGGCCAAGCGACAGCGGCUCAUCAACCACGACCCCUGUCUCUUCAACAAGCACGCCGCCAUCAAGGCGAGCCGCGACCUGCUGGUGGCUUUCUCUCGCGAGAUGCUGGCCGGCGAGGGCGACAUCACCAAGCACCUGGCGUUCCACGGCUACCAGGUCUCCCACCGGCAGACGAUGCUGGAUGAGUUCAGCUACGCGGUCACCAACCUGGCCACCGACCUGCGCUGCGGCGUCCGACUCACCCGUGUGGUGGAGCUGUUGCGCCGCCAGUUCGGGCUCACCUCCCAGCUGCGGGUGCCGGCCGUGGACCGACAGCAGAAGAUCCACAACUCUCGGAUCGCCGUGCGCGCCGCGGAACUGGACCUGGACCCGGAGGUGUGGGCGCGUGCGCUGGUCGACGGACACCGGGAGAAGACGCUCCACCUGCUCUGGCUGCUCGUCUUCAAACACCAGAUCGACUCGUGCGUGGACACGGAGAAGCUGCGCCGCGAGGUGUCCCGCCUACAGACCAGUCUGGACAACAACUGCUUCCUGGGAGUUGAGGACGCUAUCGCAGGUCGGCACCAGCUGCAGACUCUCUCCGAACCGGACCGGGCUGCCGACCUGACUGGCGGCGGUGACGGCGGCCUGCCUGACUCCGAAUCACUGCGCCUGCUGACGGCCUGGGCGCGCCUGGUCUGCGCCCACUACGGGCUGCCGCUGCACAACCUGAGCGUCUCGUUCAGCGACGGGCGCGCGCUGUGCCUGCUAGUGCACCACUACCAGCCCAGCCUGCUGGCCAGGAGCGCCGUGAGGACGCCCACCUCACUCACCGCCAGAAAGGGCUCCACGCCGGAUCCAGACCUGGACGACAGCCUGACGUUCAGCUACGGCAACAGCGAGACGGAGGACACGCCGGCAGCCGACGAGCUGCGCAGGAACGAGAAGCACAACCUCAACACGGCCUUCGACGCGAUGUCGGAGCUGGGCGGUGUGCCGGUGCUGAGCUCGUGGACCGACUACUCUGCCACGCUGCCCGACCGCCGGCUGGUGGCCGUCACUCUGGCCUACCUGUGCGGCCGGCUGCUCGAGCUCGGAGCAGAGGUGGCCGCCGCGCGUACCCUGCAGCUAUGGUGGCGCCGCCGCCGGCUGGCCGCCCUCCUGCGACGACAGCAGGCGGAGGCUGCCGCCGCGGCGGUCCUGCAGAAGCACGCGCGCCGCUGGCUGGCCCGCCGGCGCGCCGCCGAGCACCUGCGGCGCGUGGUGCUGGUGCAGGCGGCCGUGCGCGGCUGGCUGUCGCGCCGCCUGAUGGCGCGCCGUGCCGCCGCCGCCACCGUCCUGGCGCGCCGCUACCGCGCGCUGAUGGCGGCGCGCCGGACCCGCGCCGAACUGGAGCGUCAGCGCGCGGCGGCCGGGCUCCUCCAGCGCUGGUGGCGCUGCGUGCUGCUGCGCCGCCGCGCCCGCCAUCUGGUGGCGCGACUGCGGCGGCACCUGGCGGCGAGCAGGAUCCAGCGCUGGUACCGCGGCCGGCGCGCCUGUGCCGCCGCGCGCGCCACUCUGGUGCGGCAGAGACGCGCUGCGCUGCGGCUGCAGAGCUGGUUCCGGUCGGUUCGACUGGUGCGGACGGAGAGGACAGCCUACCUGAGACGGCGGGCUGCGGCCGUCACCGUACAGACCUGGUACCGCGCGGUGAGGGCCGGCAGAGCGGAGCGGCGGCGGUACCUGAGGGCGCGGGCGGCGGUGCUGAUCAUCCAGGAGAGCUACCGCGCCGCUGUGUCCAUGAGGAACCAGCGAGUCCAGUUCCUGAGCCAGAAGAGAGCGGCUCGGACAAUCCAGAGGUGGUACCGGGCCGUCAAGGCCAUGAGAGCAGCUCGUGAAGAGUUCAUGAAGAAGAAAACAGCUGCCUCGUCCAUCCAGUCGUGGUACCGUGCCAUCCAGGCAGGAAAGAGAGCCCGUGCCGAAUUCCAGCGGCAGAAGACCUCUGUUAUCGCCAUUCAGGCAUGGUACCGUGCCUUGCUAGCCGGAAGAAAGGAGCGAACCGAGUUUCUGACGAUGAGAGCGGCAGCUGUGACGCUCCAGGUCCGAUUCCGUGCAUCGGUAGCGGGCAGAGCGGACCGAGCCAAGUUCCUUCAGACGAGGACCGCCGUCACCGCGAUACAGGCCUGGUACCGCUCCGUGCGAGCGAUGCGGAGGGAAAGGUCCCAGUUUCUGAGGACGAAGAGUGCCGUGGCGACCAUUCAGACGUGGUACCGAAGCGUCGUGGCUGGUGCAGAGGCGCGGGCGCAGUUCCUGGCUCUACGAACAGCCGCCAUCACCAUCCAGACCUGGUAUCGGUCGAUGCUGGCGAUGCGACGGGACCGUGAUGCCUACCAGCGUACCAGACGAGCCGCCAUUGUCAUCCAGAUGUGGUACCGGUCGGUCCUUUCAAUGAGGAAGAACCGAGCAGAGUACCUCGCGCAGAGGAAGUCGGCUCAGACGGUCCAGAUGUGGUACCGCUCGCUGGUGAUGAUGAGGGAGCAUCGGGCGGCCUUCUUGGAGAAGCGUCAGGCGGCUCGUAUUCUACAGCUGAGGUUCCGUGCCGUGAGAGCAAUGAGAGAAGAACAAGCAGCAUACCAGUCCAAGAAGCGAGCGGCGGCGGCGCUCCAGGCAUGGUGUCGCUCUCUGUGUGUGACCAGGACGACUAGAGAGGCAUUCCUGAGACAGAGACAGGCUGCCACCGUCAUCCAGACCAAGUACAGGGCUACACUGGCCAUGAGGCAGCAGCGAGCCGCAUUCCUGAGUCAAAGACAGGCUGCCACAGUGCUUCAGCAGCAGUACCGGGCACUGACAGCAAUGAGAAGCCAGCGAGAGGCGUUCCUGACCCAGAAACGGGCUGCGGUAGUGCUUCAGCAGAGGUACCGGGCACUGACUGCAAUGAGAAGCCAGCGAGAGGCGUUCCUGACCCUGAGACAGGCUGCCACUGUGCUUCAGCAGAGGUACCGGGCCACACUGGCCAUGAGGCAACAGCAAGAAGAGUUCCUGACACAAAAGCGAGCUGCUACAGUCAUCCAAACUAAGUACCGGGCAACGUUGGCCAUGAGGAAACAACAAGAGAAGUUCCUGAGACAAAGACAGGCUGCCACUGUGCUUCAGCAGAGGUACCGGGCGCUCACUGCGAUGAGAAGCCAGCGAGAGGCGUUCCUGACCCAGAAACGGGCUGCAGUCGUCCUUCAGCAGAGGUACCGUGCGUUGGCCGCGAUGAGAAGUCAGCGAGAGGCGUUCCUGGCCCAGCGACAGGCUGCCAUCGUCAUCCAGACAAAGUGGCGUGCAACGCUGGCCAUGAGGAAACAACGAGAGGAGUUUCUGCUCAUGAGACAGGCUGCAGUCGUUCUUCAACAGAGGUACCGGGCGCUGACUGCAAUGAGGAGCCAGCGGGCCGUGUUCCUGAGACAAAUACGAGCUACCACAGUGCUCCAGCAGCGGUACCGUGCCACGCUAGCUAUGAGACAGCAGCGGUCGGCGUUCCUGACCCAGAAACGGGCUGCCACAGUGCUUCAACAGAGACACCGAGCGUUGGCCGCGAUGAGAAGCCAGCGAGAAUCGUAUCUGCAACUGAAACGGGCUGCCACUGUAGUUCAGCAGAGGUACCGGGCGCUGACAGCGAUGAGGAGCCAGCGGGGAUCGUACCUGGACCUGCUCCGGGCAGCCACCACGAUACAGCUCGGCUACCGCGCCGCCCUCGAUAUGCGCCGGGACCGCGCCAGAUUCCUGGAGCUGAAGGCAGCGGCAGUGGCGCUCCAGCGCAGAUACCGGGCUCUGCGCGCCAUGAGAGUCGAGAGGGACGACUUCCUGACACAGAGGCGAGCGGCCGUGGCGGUCCAGACCUGGUGGCGCGCAGUCCUGGCCAGAAACAGAGACAGAGAGGAGUUCCAGAGCCAGAGGCGGGCGGCGACUGUGCUACAGAGUCGCUACCGUGCCCUGCUGAGCAUGAGGGUGACGCGAGAGGAUUACCUUCGCCAGAAGCGGGCCGCAAUCGCGCUGCAGUCCCGCUACCGUGCCCUUGAGGCCAUGAGAGCGACACGAAAUGAGUUCCAGCGUCAGAAAAAUGCUGCAAUCGCUCUGCAGUCUCGCUACCGUGCCCUUCUGGCCAUGAGGGCGACACGAAAUGAGUUCCAAAGUCAGAAGCAAGCGGCAGUUGUUAUCCAGAACCGUUUCAGAGCGCUGUUGACCAUGCGAGACACCCGUGCGACCUUCCUGCUGCAGAAACGGGCGGCGGUCACCCUGCAAACUCGCUAUCGCGCUCUACUGGCCAUGAGGGCUACACAACAUGAGUUCCAGCGUCAGAAGAAGGCUGUCAUCACUCUACAAAGUCGCUAUCGUGCUCUUCUGGCCAUGAGGGCGAAACAAGGUGAGUUCCAGCGUCAGAAGAAGGCUGUCAUUACUCUGCAGUCUCGCUACCGCGCUCUGGUGGCUAUGAGAGCGAUACAAGAUGAGUUACAGCGUCAGAAGAAAGCUGCAAUCGCUCUGCAGUCUCGCUACCGUGCGCUUCAGUCUAUGCGGCAUGCUCGCGAGGUCUUCUUGCAGCAGCGGCACGCGGCUGUAACCAUUCAGACUCACUACCGAGCCUUGCUGGCAAUGAGGGCAGCUCGAGAGGCCUUCCAGCGGAAGAGGUGCGCCGCGAUGACCCUGCAGACGUUCUACCGGUCUGUGCGGGCCGCGAGGGCGGCCAGGGAGGCCUACCUGACGCAGAGAAAGCACGUCAUCGCCAUCCAGACGUGGUACCGCUCGCUGCUGGCCAUGCGGAAGGAGAGGGCCGAGUUCCUGCGGCGCAGACGGGCGGCUGUGACGCUGCAGCGCUGGCGUCGCUCAGUGCUCGCCAUGCGCCGAGACCGUGGGGAAUUUGUGGCGCAGCGGCGGGCGGCGGCGGCGAUCCAGACCUGGUACCGCGGCGUGCGGACCGUGCGCCACCUCCAGAUCGAGCUCAGGGACACGGUGCUGAAGGUGACGCUGGUCCAGUCGUGCGUGAGGACGUUCCUGUUGCGACGGCGGUUCGUGGCGCAGAGGCGGGCCGCUGUCACUCUGCAGAGGAACUGGAGGUCUCUGAGAGCUGCGAGACAGAGUCGGGAGCACUACCUGAGAACGAGACAGGCAGCUGUGACCGUACAGACGUGGUAUCGAGCUGUUCGCUGCAUGUGGGUGGCCCGUGAAGAGUACGAGAGAACGAAGCAGGGAGCCGUUAUCAUUCAGACAUGGUACCGUUCGAUCUGCCUCAUGCGAGAGACCCGAGAGGUGUUCGAAAGGCAGAGACAAGCCAGUCUGAUCAUCCAGUCUUGGUACCGCUCUAUUCGCCUCAUGCAGGAAGUCCGUGACGAAUAUCUCAGACAUCGGCGGGCGGCAGUGACCCUGCAAGCCUGGUUCCGGUCUCUCCGCGCCGCGCAGCACACUCGUCAUGAGUUUGAGAAGAAGAAACAAGCCACCAUCAUCCUGCAGGACUGGUACCGCUCCACUGUCGCCAUGCGCAGGACGCGAGUUCACUACCUGCAGGUGAGGCGCUCGGUGCUCAGCCUGCAGAGGUGGUACCGGUCGCUGCUGGCCGCCCGGUGUUCCCUGCAGACGGAGGAGCCGGAGGAGGUGUUUGAGCGCGCCACGGUUACCCUGCAGCCGUUCAGCGGCCGGCUGGGCCCGGGCGCCGAGGACGAGUCGUUGGACCGGCGCUCCACGAUGACACUGUCCGGGUCGAGCCGCUCCGGCACGGCGCUGAGCCGAGGGAGCGCCGACCGUCGGGCCACCGUCGUCCUGCACGAGUCCUUCCUGGAGCGUCAGGCAUCACGAGACUCCCAGAGCAGCGCGAGCUCCGAUCGCCGGGCCACGGUCAUCCUGCAGGAGUCGCUCCUGGACGGCAGCUCCUCCCAGCGGCUCCUGGACGGCAGCUCCUCCCGGCCGCCCUCAGACCCGGGCAGAGACCGGCGCGCGACGGUGACCCUGUCGGAGUCGCUCCUGCAGCGGAGUGUAUCCCAGGAGUCAGAGAGUAGCGUGGCGUCAGAUCGUCGUGCCACUGUCGUCCUGCAUCAGUCACGCCUGGAGCGGCAAGGUACUCCGGAGUCAGCCGGGCCCGUCACCUCUGACUGUCAUCCUGCCGGCGAUGAUUCUACCAGCAGCAUCUCUCCAGCGUCACAGUCUGACUGCCAUACCGCCACAGACAUCCCAUCGACACACCCUGGCACCGACGGAGACAACCCGUCCGUGUCCGCCGACUCUGGACCGCCGGAAGAGCUGUUUCGCUGUCGACUCGGCUCGCAGUUGUCACCGGAGGGCGAGGUGGCGCACCGGCGGCGCACCCUGGUCUUCCAGUGGCAGAUGGCGAGACACCGGUCGGAUGAGGCCGAGAGGAUCGUGACGGCCGCCGUCACACUGCAGCGCGUGGUCCGCCGGUUCCUGCAGCGCCGGCGGCUGGUGCGCGGGGAGACGGCCGCCCUGGUCCUACAGACCCAGUGGCGGCGUGUGCUGGCGCGCCGCGCCGCCCAGCGCCGACUGUGGGCCGUCGUCACGCUGCAGGCUGCAUGGCGCGGUCGUGCGCAGCGGCAGCGCGCCGGCCGGCGUGCCUCGCGCGCGCGCCAAAAUAUCGCCGCGGCCAACCGUCGCGCCACCACGGACAUGACUCUGGGCAGUCGGACGUCGCUGUCGCUGGACUUUUUGCUGCGCUACCGCGACCUGGGUCACAUGAAGGUGGCGCUGGGUCACCUGGAGACGGUGACCCGCCUGUCUGCCGUCUGUUGCCGCCGAGUGGUGGCUGAGGGCGCCGUGCCCGUGCUCUACACGCUGAUGAGCCAGUGUAACCGCUCCGUGCCGCACAUGGACGUGAUCACGCACUGUCUGAACGUGCUACUGAACGCGGCCAGGCACCCUGAGACGGAGAGCAGCGUACAUCAGGCGGAUAAGUGGCUGUCGGUGCUCCUGGACAAGAUGUCCAUCUUCCGCGAGAAGGGCACCCACAUCUUCAUCAAGGCGGCCACCCUGCUGACGGCGAUCCUGAGAGACCCGUUCAUGGUGCAGGUGGUGCUGGCGGACGCCCGGGCCGUGGAGCAGCUCCGGUCGCUGCACCGGCUGGUGGCGCGCCGACAGCCACAGACGCGGACGGCGCAGCGCGCGGGCGCCCAGCCGCCGGCCGCCGGCCCGGAGCUCCACCUGGGCAGGUCCACUGUCACUGAGUACGAUAGUGCCGUGGCGGCGGCCGCGGGGGUGCUGGCGGCCCUGGGCCUCGCGCCCUAGGGGAGGGAAGGUGGGGCGGGGGCGGGCUGGAGCGGUGGUGCCAUGAUUGUGUUGUGAGGUUGGUAGCGGCUGUGGUGUGUGAGCGUUUGUAUCUCGGUAUGUGUGAGUUGUGAGAGUGGGCUGGAAAGAGGCUGCUUUUAUCUUCACUCGUCUGUCUCGGUUUCCAAUGUUUAUAUUUUAAAUCAAUAUGCUUUUGAAUAAAAUAUACUCACGUA